UGUUUCCGCAUUUGGAAAGAGCACAGGAAGGGCUGCAGAGAAGCUGCAGCGGAGAAUAGCAGCGCAGCUGGAGCCUGGAAAAGUUUACUUAAAAAGAGAAGCCUCAGAUCGUAACCAAGUGAAUAAGAGGAAGUUUUCACACACAGAGGUGACCCAAGAGAAGGGGAAGGAGAUGGAAGAGCAGGACCCAGAAGGACCUGGAACGGGUAAAAGAGUAAGGAAAAGCCCCCAUCCCAUCCAUUCUGGAAGUGGUGUUGAAUUCUGGGAAAGAGCUGUGCCAGAGGUCCUGUCUAAAGACACCAUAACCUCAGAUGUGCAUUGCCAGCACUUCCGGCAGUUCCGCUACCAUGAGGCCGAUGGGCCCCGAGAGGUUUGCAGCCAGCUCCAUGGACUUUGCAGCCAGUGGCUGAAGCCGGAGAGGCACACCAAGAAGCAGAUUCUGGACCUGGUGAUCCUGGAGCAGUUCCUGACUCUCCUGCCCCAGGAAAUGCAGGGCUGGGUCAGAGGAUGUGGGCCGGAAACCAGUUCCCAGGCGGUGGCCCUGGCCGAAGGUUUCCUCCUGAGUCAGGCAGAGGAGAAGAGGCAGGCGGAACAGAUGCGGGAACCAUCUGUGAAGAUGGUAGCUACAGUCCCUGAGGCGAAAGGAGCCUUCUGGGAGCAGGGGCAGAGGGUGCAUGCUGAAGAUUGUGCCCAAGAUGUCCUCUCCUUUGGAACAGGCCGUGGAGAGAUGCUGUUGAGCCGUCGUCUUUUCAGAGGGGUGGAAACGGCUGCUGCGUCUACAGUCCAGGGUCCCUUUUCCCUGGAGGAGGUGUCCAUCUAUUUCACGGAGGCAGAGUGGGCCCUGCUGGAUCCGGGACAAAGAGCUCUGUACAAGGACGUCAUGCUGGAGAACUACGGGAACGUGGCCUUUCUGGAAUCCAGAAGUGUAAGCGAGGCUACGGUGGAGACAGAGAACGGCUUUGCAUUCGAAGAAAGGCUGGAGAGUUCUUCCAGAGGAUCCCAAGAGCAUAUUUCCUUCCUGAAUGAGCUGGCUGAGACAGACAAUGAGCAGAGGAAUGAGGAGGGGGAGGAACUUCAUCAGCAAACGCCAGAUAGAGUUAAAAAUGAAGACUUGAAUGAAAAUGUCAGGAAUCGAGGCAGACCUAAGAGAAAGAAAGGCGGUGGUAUGGUUGAGAAGCAUGACGGAAGAAAGCAGAAUGUAGAUUUUUCAAAGCAAAGGAUAAUGAAGGCAAGGAAAUCCAUUCAGUGUGGAAAGUAUUUCAGAAAGCGAUCACAGCUCCUUGUACACCAAAUAAUACACAGAGAGGAGAAACCUGAAUACUCAGAGAUGAGAUCAGAGUGUGGAAAGAGGUUUAGUACAAGUGGCCAUCUUCAAGAUCAUCAGAGAACUCACACAGGGGAGAAACCUUUUGAAUGCUCAGAGUGUGGAAAGAGAUUUAGUCAGAGUGGCAAUCAUCAAAGGCAUCAAAGGACCCACAAAGGGGAGAAACCUUUUGAAUGCCCAGAGUGUGGAAAGAGAUUUAGUCGGAGUGGCAAUCUUCAACGACAUCAAAGGACCCACACAGCGAAGAAACCUUUUGAAUGUUCAGAGUGUGGAAAGAGAUUCAGUGAAAGGAAAUAUCUUCAACGGCAUCAAAGAAUCCACACAGGGGAGAAACCUUUUGAAUGCUCAGAAUGUCGAAAGAAAUACAGUUGCAGUGAUAGUCUUCAACAGCAUCUGAGAACCCACACAGGGGAGAAACCUUUUGAAUGCUUCGAGUGUGGAAAGAGAUUCAGACAGAGUGGCACUCUUCAGUGUCAUCAGAGAACACACACAGGAGAGAAACCUUUUGAAUGUUUAGAGUGUGGAAAGAGAUUCAUUUGCAGUGGCGAUCAUCAAAAGCAUCAUAGAACCCACACAGGAGAGAAACCUUUUGAAUGCUCAGAGUGUGGAAAUAGUUUCAGUGAGAGACGCAAUCUUCUACAUCAUCAGAGAACCCACACAGGGGAGAAACCUUUUGAAUGUUCAGAGUGUGGAAAGAGAUUCACUAGGAGUGGCAGUCUUAUACAGCAUUGCCAAACCCACACAGGGGAGAAACCUUUUGAAUGCUCAGAGUGUGGAAAGAGAUUCAGUCAAAGUUGCGAUCUUCAAAAGCAUCAGAGAACCCACACAGGGGAGAAACCUUUUGAAUGCUCAGAGUGUGGAAAGAGAUUCAGUAUGAGUACCUAUCUUCACCGUCAUCAGAGAAUGCACACAGGGGAGAAACCUUUUGAAUGCUCAGAGUGCGGAAAGAGAUUCAGCCAUAGUGUCAGCCUUCAAAAUCAUCAUAAAACCCACACAGGGGAGAAACCCUUUGAAUGCUCAGAGUGUGGAAAGAGAUUCAGUCGGAGUGCCCAUCUUCAAGAUCAUCAGAGAACCCACACAGGGGAGAAACCUUUUGAAUGCUCAGAGUGUGGAAAGAGAUUCAGUUUCAGUGGCAGUCUUCAAAUGCAUAAGAGAAUCCACACAGGGGAGAAACCUUUUAAAUGCUCAGAAUGUGGAAAGCGAUUCAGUAGGAGCGGCAGUCUUCAGAAGCAUCAUAGAACCCACACAGGGGAGAAACCUUUUGAAUGUUCAGAGUGUGGAAAGAGAUUCAGCCAUAGUGUCAGCCUUCAAAAUCAUCAUAAAACCCACACAGGGGAGAAACCCUUUGAAUGCUCAGAGUGUGGAAAGAGAUUCAGUCGGAGUGCCCAUCUUCAAGAUCAUCAGAGAACCCACACAGGGGAGAAACCUUUUGAAUGCUCAGAGUGUGGAAAGAGAUUCAGUUUCAGUGGCAGUCUUCAAAUGCAUAAGAGAAUCCACACAGGGGAGAAACCUUUUAAAUGCUCAGAAUGUGGAAAGCGAUUCAGUAGGAGCGGCAGUCUUCAGAAGCAUCGUAGAACCCACACAGGGGAGAAACCUUUUGAAUGUUCAGAGUGUGGAAAGAGAUUCAGUACAAGGGGCAGUCUUCAAAAGCAUCAUAUAACCCACACAGGGGAGAAAACUUUUGAAUGCACUAUGUCUGUGCCCGGCUUGCCACAUCCAGACUCAUGA